GUUGAUGCUCUGAGGCUGCGUGUGCAGCGUCGCGCCGCCGUCUGAACUUCCGAGCUGGAUGGCAGGGACACACCGGAGCAAGCAUUUCAGGAACCUAUCCAGGAUUCCUUUCUGCAUCGCAGCUCCCUGCAUGCUGAUCAGGAGCACCCUGCAAAAGUCUGGCCUCGUGAGCGCCGGGCCCGGGAGGCCCUUUUGGACUUUUGCUGCGCUUUUGGUCGGAGGAGCCCUCCUGGCCGUCUCCUCCACGUCCUCGUUCGGCGGAAAGAAAGCGGCUCAGACGGCGCUGGCUCAUGUGACGGCCGCGGCGGCGGGCCCGGGCGGCUGGCGCGCCGAGAUGUCGGGCUUCCAUGCGCUCGCCGAGCUUCUGUCCGGAGAUGACGUCGGCGUCUGGUUCUGUUCACUUUUGGGCUCCAUCGCCGUGGGUCUCAGUGGGAUCUUCCCCCUUCUGGUGAUACCCAUCGAGGCCGGGGCGGCGCUGAAAACCGAGGCUGGUUUUCAGAAACUAAAGAAACUUCUGAGUUUUGCAAUCGGCGGUCUGCUCGGCGAUGUAUUCCUCCAUCUACUCCCAGAGGCUUGGGCUCACAAAUCCAACAACGAUGGAAAUCUGAAGCACUACCGUACUCAGGGCUUCUGGGUGGUUUUAGGACUACUGUCAUUCCUGCUGCUGGAAAAAAUGUUUCCGGAUAAAGAGGAAAAUUCAGAGGACGACGCUGUGAAUCACGAAAGCCACUGCUGCCCCUCAGCAGAUCCCCAAAGUGACUUUUUGCCAGCUUCAAAACUGAACGGCAUGUGCUCCAACAACAAUUCAGAAUCGCGACCCAAGACGGAGAUUACCCAACCCCCCGAAAGAGAGAAAAUAAAGAUCAGCGGCUACCUGAAUCUUCUCGCCAACUGCAUCGACAACUUCACCCACGGCCUGGCGGUGGCAGGGAGCUUCCUCGUCAGCAAGAAGGUCGGUUUUCUCACAACCUUUGCGAUCCUACUGCACGAGAUUCCUCACGAGGUGGGAGAUUUCGCCAUUCUUCUGCGAGCGGGGUUCGACCGCUGGAGCGCGGCCCGUAUGCAGUUGUACACGGCUCUGGGCGGAGUCCUGGGGGCAUGUUUCGCUCUCGGUGCGCAAUCGCAGCAAGGGGCAGAGAACGCCACAGCCUGGAUUCUGCCCUUCAGCUCCGGAGGUUUUCUCUACAUCGCACUGGUCAGCGUGGUGCCCGACUUGCUGGAGGAAACCGAUCUCAGACGUUCUUUAUGGCAGAUCCUGUUGAUGGCGUGCGGCGUGGGCGUCAUGGCUCUGCUUUCGGCCAUAGUGGAGUAGUUUCCGAACUUACGGAGAGUCGGGAGGAGCGACGGAGGCGUAGGCGUGCCGUCCGACCGGCCAAAAGCAUCAUCGGUAAUCUGUUUGUGAGAAAGAGUUUGAACCGUUUGUCGCAUGUAACGUUUUUAUUUACACACAGUAUUGGUGUCGGCUACAGAGACCACACUACGGACAGAAACAAGAGUUUGUAUUUAAAUGUCACGUAUGUAUUGUAUGACGAAAUAUUUAAUUUGUAAUAAAAAGACCAGAAAACGUU